GUUUCUACGCUCGCGUAACUGUUACGUAAUCUGACUUUUGAGAUUAAAAUGUACCUAUUUAUGGUACAAUAAUCAUUAUCGGUAGGCGUAUGUACGUCUUCACCUGCUUUCACCGGUUGGAAUAAAAAAAAAUAAAAAUAUUAAUUGACACCUGAGCCAGGUAAAUGAGUUUCUGAAUGACGUCACGGCGUCCUGUAGCGCGCGUGCGUUCGGCCACAGAGUUGUUCAUUGUCCUGCGCCUCAACGCCAAGAGAGUUUACAGUAGACCCGCAUGCCGUUUAUCUAAUCUAUCAUUCGUUGAACACCACCGUUUUUAACCCCCGGCUCGGUUUCGAAGAGUGGGAACAGAAAGGACGCAUUCAACAGGUUGAUUUCCGUCAUUCGAUGCUUUAGCCGUCCGGUUCCCGCGUACUUCAUCCCCCCCUACGGAUUUACAGGAGGAGCGAACAUGCCUCUGGGACUCAGGAAAAAGAAAAACAAGUCGAAGGAAAGCUCGAACUUAGUGGAAAACGAGGAGGUCAGCGGACACGCAGGUGUCGGGAAGUCCGCGGUGAACGGCGGAGGACUGCCCGCUCCACCUGCCAGCAUGAGACCGAAACUGGUGUUUCACACGCAGCUCGCGCACGGGAGUCCCACGGGCCGGAUAGAGGGCUUCACGAACGUCAAGGAGCUGUACAGCAAAAUAGCAGAAGCGUUUAAUUUAAGCCCGGAUGAGAUCCUAUUCUGCACACUCAACACCCACAAAAUUGAUAUGGACAAGCUGCUGGGAGGACAGAUAGGACUGGAGGACUUCAUCUUCGCUCACAUAAAAGGGCUCAAAAAGGAGGUGGAGGUGUACAAAGCUGAGGAGGCACUCGGGCUCACCAUCACAGACAAUGGAGCUGGAUACGCCUUCAUAAAGCGUAUCAAAGAGGGCAGCGUGGUGGAUGGGGUGAAGGUGAUCUGUGUGGGAGAUCAUAUCGAAUGCAUUAACGGAAAGAACAUCGUUGGAAUGCGGCAUUAUGAGGUGGCGCGAAUGCUGAAGGAGCUGCCCAAGGAUCAGUCCUUCACCAUCAAACUCUUGGAGCCCAUGAAAGCCUUCGAGAUGCUUGAACCAAGGUCAAGAGGAGGCGGAGGCGGAGGCAAAUCAUCAGGAGAUGGCAAGAUAGGCACAGGCAGAGAAACCCUCAGAUUGCGCUCCAAGGGUCCUGCAACAGUCGAGGAGAUGCCCUCAGAGUUUGAAGAGAGGGCAGUGAAGAAAGUGGAUGACCUUCUUGAGAGUUACAUGGGCAUUCGAGACACUGAAUUAGCCGCCACGAUGGUCGAGGUGGGCAGAGAUAAGAAGAACCCGGAUGAGUUUGCCAUGGCUCUAGACGAGGCUCUUGGUGACUUUGCUUUCCCAGAUGAGUUUGUGUUUGACGUCUGGGGAGCCAUCGGUGACGCAAAACAGGGACGCUUUUAAGCGCUGCUACACACACACACACACACAUUAAAACAGAGCUGAAAUCAAGAGCAUCUCGUUCAGAGUCAUGCAGUUUGGAGCUGGCAUUCUGAACAUUAGGAUUUAUGUUGAUUUGACAAAUAUUUUUUACAAAUAAAUAGCAUAAAAAAAAUAACAGUAAAUAUCACCACUGUAGUUUUCUUCACAUAAUACAUUCUCAAGCCUUUCAGAGAGCUUCAACAACAGUUAGGCACACAGAUGAUGAUGAUCAUUUAUUUCUGUGGUUUAGCAUUUGUAGGUGACGCUGGGGGGUUAUGAUACUAAACAAAAGCCAAGGGAAAGGGUGAUGCACUCGUUUGCAUAGAGAGAAUUUUGUAUAGAGUUAUGGAUAUACAUCAAUUGUCUUUUUAGAUCUAUUUUAGACUUUAAUUUAUUUAAUAAAGUGAUGAAACUUUUUAAGAAAUCGCCGUUUUUGUAGCCGAUUGUCAUUUUAGUCAAGUCAGAAUGUACACACAGAAAAACAUGAUCGGAAACUGUCAUGUACCCUUAAAAAAACGUGCCAACAUGUUAAUUUAAAAAAAAAAAUAUCACAUGAAUUGGUCACAUUGUUGAUUUUAUUAUUAGUUUAUUGUAAAAUAUAAUCCAUAAGGGAUCACUUUGUAUGAUAGACGUAUGUUUUUGUGUGCCUUCACUUUUGUGUUGUCAGUGUAAUUUUGUAUGAACAAUUUCUAUUGUGCUCAAAUCACAGGUUUUGUCUUUGCCUGUUUUUUUUCACAUUUAUUAAAGGUGGAAAAGGAUGCAUUAAA